UACCACAUGCAUAUAAUCCCUGAGUUGACCCAGAAAACAAACUGACUGCCGAGACGCCGCACAGUUCCUAUCCGCUGCUGGGCUGCAUGUAGCCGGAUCACCAGCUGCACAGAGACCCCCCUCCGUUACGGAAACUUCUCCACAAAUCCACAUUUAAACAUCGGGGUGAUAGAGGCCAUGGCUGAACACAUGAUGAUGCCCAUGCAGCACGGCUUCAGGAUGGGCAUGAACGGACCCCCUCAGCACCAGGGUCAGCCCGGCCUGCGCACAAUGCACAAUGGCCAGGUGAUGCAUUAUGGGAGAAACCCUCAGAGCAACAUGGAGGCCGCCAUGAGGCAGCGGCAGGGCAUGGUGGGCCCCGGAGGCAUGGCCCCCGUGAACGCUGCUCCGAUGGCCAACCACCACCACCAGAUGAUGUCCGGGAACAUGAUGUACAACGGGCAGCAGCAGCAGCACCACAUGCACCCCCAACAACAACAACAACAACAACAACAACAACAACAACAACAGCAGCAGCAGCAGCAGCAGCAACAGGGGCAUCCACAACAACAACCACAACCACAACAGGGACACCCACAACAACAACAACAACCACAGCAACAGGGGCAUCCACAACAACAGCAACAGGGACACCCACAGCAGUACAUCCCCGGAAACCUCACCUCCCAGCAGCUGAUGGCCAGCAUGCACCUGCAGAAACUCAACACGCAGUACCACGGACACCCUCUGGCUUCCAACGGUCACCACAUGCAGAACGGAGCUCAGUACCGGGUGAAUCCGGCGCAGCUUCAUUCAGGCAUGCAGCACCUCGGAGGACCUCAGGGACAAAACACUGACAUGGAUCUGAUCGACGAGGAGGUGCUGACGUCGCUGGUGCUGGAGUUCGGGUUGGACCGCGUUCAGGAGCUGCCCGAGCUCUACCUGGGACAGAACGAGUUCGACUUCAUUUCAGACUUUGUGUGCAAACAGCAGCCGAGCACGGUGAGCUGCUGAGAACCAAGCUGCUUUGUUUUAAGACUGGACGACCCCCCCAAAGAAUGAGUAGCACAGCGAGGAGGAGACAAUCUCUCUGUUCUGUUGUUCGGCUGUUUCUGUGUUUUCUGCCGCCUUUACGUUGACACUGAGGAAAACACACUGGGUUUCUCCUCUUUGAGCCGUUGCCAGGAAGAUCUUCGGCUGAAUUGACGAGGCGUCCUGUUUGGACCCAUCUGGCCCUUCAGCACAUGUGCCUGCAUUGCUAAGGCUUUGGGAUAUCUAAAACAAACACAGGCCUGAAAAGACUGUCCAUCGGGAUCUGCUACAUCCUCUAACUGACACCUUCAAACAGUAGCAGAGACAUUUAUAAAAGGUAGUCCUCUUGAGUUUGUUUGUACAAGGAUGAAGGGAUUCUUUUUUCCGACGUGCAUAUUGAAGGCUGGCUCUUCAAAAAUUGAGUUCCUACAAAAAAAGGAAAACGUCCACAUUUCCAUGAAAGGCAGGAGGAUCUUUGCUGAUGAGGUUUAUCUGGGGUGAAAUGUGCUGCAUUGAUUCAUUCAGUGUCAUUUACCUGACUCUGGAUUAAAUCAGCAAUCAUUAAACGCACCGCAUCUGCUCCGCGCUAAUUAACUGUGAUUGAAUCAUCGGGGAAAGUAUCGCAUUGCUUCGAGAAGUCGGCUUAGAAACAAAGCAUUUAUCUUUUAGAAAAUGGCCUCUGCUCCACGACAAAAGAAAAUGUUGGGGUUAUUGCUUUAGCAGGAUUACAAUAAUCUUAAAUGAGGGAGAAAUAACUGUGGCCUGUUACAAGAUCUAGAAAAGCCAAACAAAGAAAGGGUGAAGUCACAGAUCUGAGAUGGGUUUUUAUUUCCAAAAAGACAAAAAAAGAAGUGUGUUUGUGCACGUGUUGUUUGUGCACGUCUGUGUGGUCAGUGCAGUGAGGCAUUUUAAAACCCGCUGAACGACAUCCUCCCUUAAACCCUGGGAGCUGAAGGAGAUCGGAGAGAGGUCUUAAACUGUGGACACAAUGUGUGGAUGCAUCCCCCCCCCUCCCUGCGGCACUUAGUUUAAUCAUUAUUUAAAUCUGCUACCUGUGGCAUUGAUUCUGUUCUUGCCCUAGAUUAGCUUACUCUGCUGCUUUUCCACUGAUUACAUUUAAAUUACACGUUCUCACACACUUGUCUUAAUUGAGGUCGGCUUGCACAUUCUCCAAUGACUCAAUAAUUAUAACACGGACAUGUUCUGUAGGGCUUUUUUUUUUGUGCAGUUGGUAAUUAGGUUUUUGUCGAGGUUGCUGCUUUGCUGUCGGCUGGUGGAGAGAAAACGUCCUGCACUGGUUUCAAGCUAUUUGUGGUGCUGUUAGAGGGUCAGGGCGGCGAUGUGGAGUGGUGCAGAGAUGACGUAUUUUUGUAGGCCGACCCUGAAGGUAGCAUUGUGUAUUUUGGAUUAUGCAGAAAAUAAUCUCUGUGUCAAACAAACGUUUAUGAUAUUUAAACGUUUUGUUCAGCAGGAAAAUCUCCACAUAUUAACACCACUUUAUGAUUUCUGAAGUACAAAGCUAAUGUUGGGCUAUAAAGGAACUACAGCACGGUCACAUGACUUCACGUCACCACCGCUAAGCUAAAGGUGGCUAAUGUUGGGUUAUAAAGUAACUACAGCACGGUCACAUGACUUCAUGUCACCACCGCUAAGCUAAAGGAGGCUAAUGUUGGGCUAUAAAGGAGCUACAGCACGGUCACAUGACUUCACGUCACCACCGCUAAGCUAAAGGUGGCUAAUGUUGGGCUAUAAAGGAACUACAGCACGGUCACAUGACUUCACGUCACCACCGCUAAGCUAAAGGUGGCUAAUGUUGAGCGUGAUGACGUUUAGUCGUCUCAUUUACACACUUGCUAGCAACCGCUGUUUUUAAAUCCACCAGUGGGGUAUUUACUGACGUAUUUUAUGUCAUAGAAAUAAAAUCUCUUCAUCUUGUGUUAAUCACAGACCUUAUUUGAGGCUAACAACCAAAAACACGCUCCAAAAACCAUUGAAGGUAGCCCAGAAGUGCUAAAAUGCUAACUAGUUUCCCGGUUUGAGGACUCAUUCCUGCAUCGCUCCUCAAUGUUCUGUCUUUCUGAAGAUCUGCCUCCUUUUCACACUGGACUCAAAGAGACGCCUUCCUGCCUACGAGCUCGCAGAAAAUCCUCCUGGCCUUCGAGACCUCUGAUUACCGCUGUACGACAAAGCGCAGCCUUCUUGUGUAUCGUAUCUUUGUACUGUAGACUAGAGGUGAACACACAUUUUAAGGUACUUUUUUUCGAUAAAAAACAUUGUCAGAUGUAAAUGUAAAUCAGUGGCUGAUUUUUCGAUGUGUUAACGAGAGAUUAUAUCCUACAUUUUUACAAACUGGUGUGUAGAUUCAGUGUGGGUUAAGGGAUGGUUUAUGGGCGGACUGCAUGUUCGGGAUGCCAACACUUUCCCACAAUGCAGAUGAGAAUGUACGCGUGGUGGCGUCUUCAGAUGGUAGAUAAACGUGUGAGAUUGUACUCCUUGUUCCAAAUUACAACACAUCAUUCAUUUGGGUAACCCCCCCCCUCUUCCUGUCCCACCUCCACAAAGCUUUUGUAAUGUUAUUGAUUCUAUUUUAAGAAAAUGUAUUUAUUUUCA